GAGAGAGGGAGAGGGAGAGGGAGAGGAAUAGGAUAUGUUUUAGACGGACUUCGUUUUGUGUUCAUUGACAUUCUCAUCCUCACGGGGGAAGUCUCCUGAGUGAGAUGAAGCUACGAGCUAUUUUGAUUAAUUUCUUGGAUGGUCAAUAAGCAUUGAUCUAGGGUGAAGAAUAGAAUUGAGAGAAGAAAGACAAACGAGUGAAUGAGAAAAGGAGGGAGGGGAGACUGAGAAUAAGACGGGGGAGAAAUAAAAGAGAGAAAGAGGGAGGAAGGACAAAAAGAAAAGAGAUAGCGAGAGAGAGGACAAACAGGAGAGAGAGGAGAGAGAGAUGGGGUAACUUCAUCUACACUAUAACAGAACAGUGUUGCUGGUGUUGAGAUCAUUUCGGCUCACUGUAGUGGCUCCAGCGCGUGAGGAGUCACGGACGCGAGGCUUCACAGCUUUUCAUCUUUUGUGCGGAACUCGAUUCACUCUGAGCUGCUGCAAACAUGAUCGCCACCACGCAGCAGAACAUGACAACGGACCUGGACCUGGGGAGCACUGGUGGGCCUCCAAGAAACUGGAAGGGCAUUUGCAUCGCCAUGGUGGUCAUCCUGGGGGUUCUGUCCCUGGUCAGCCUUUCAAUCAUUCUCCUAACUCCUGAUGAGUCUCACCUUCUUCUGCACUCCUGCCUCACUGUGGAAGACCUGGAGAGCAAGGAAUUCAAAGUUCAUGACCCCUGCGUGAAUUGGCUCAAUGAGAAUGAGGUUGUGCUGUGUACUCAGGAAGGCCAUGUUCUCAUCCACAACUUCAACACCAAUCUGACUACCACCCUACUAGACAACAGCACCAUGGACCUGAAGUCCAUGAAAUUCCAGGUGUCAGCAGACAAAAAGUUUAUUCUGAUGGCCUACAACAUUCGCCCUGUAUUCUCACAGUCCUUCACUGCCUCGUAUGCUCUCUACACUGUGGCCACCGGGGAGGUGGUGGACCUCACCCCAACAGGUGUAGAAGUGUCUGUUCUGCAGUAUGCAGCAUGGGGGCCUCAGGGAAACCAGCUGGUGUAUGUGUUUGAAAAUGACAUCUACUACAAGGCUGAUGUGUCUAGCCCAGCAAUGCGUCUCACAACUACAGAAAAGGAAGGACUGGUGGUGAAUGGACUGACCGACUGGAUCUAUGAGGAGGAGAUUCUACAAAAAUAUCCAGCCCACUGGUGGUCCAAAGAUGGUGCUCGUCUGGCAUACCUUAAAGUCAACAACUCUGCUACACCUAUAAUGGAGAUACCACAUUUCCUGGGUGGGAUCUAUCCCUCAAAUGUGCUCUAUCCAUACCCGAAGGCUGGAUCUAGUAUCCCUUUGGUGAGCCUGUUUGUUGUGAAUCUGUAUGGACCAGCCCACACUUUGGAAAUGAUCCCACCUGACUCACAGAGCAGCAGAGACAGCUACAUUUCCAUGGUAAGCUGGAUCAGUAGCACACGUCUGGCUGUGCGCUGGUUAAACCGUGUACAGAACCAGUCAGUGCUGUGCAUGUGCGAGGCCACAACAGGAGCCUGCUCAGAGAAACACAAAAUGGCUGUGGACCUUUUGCAGAAUCAGCAGCAGGAGGAGCCGUUGUUCUCGGCAGAUGGCUCUCAAUUUUACCUCACGCUGCCUGCCAAGCAAGGGGCCCGUGGGGAGUUCCGCCACAUUGCCAGCCUCCCUGCCCAGCCUGCUCUCCCCUCUGCUUCUCCUCGCUUUCUUACUUCAGGGAACUGGGAUGUAACUACACUUUGUGCUCUGGAUGAGAAGAAUGGUAAAAUUUAUUUCCUGAGCACAGAGGAGUCGAGACAUAGCAGACAUUUAUACAGUGCUGAACUUGGAGGGGUGUUCCAUCGUCACUGUCUGACCUGCAACCUCUUUGAGCGCUGUAGCUUCUUCAGAGCUGACUUCAGUCCCAACCAGACACACUUCACACUCUACUGUUUAGGCCCAGGGGUUCCAAAGGUGUCCAUCCACAGCACAAAUGACUCCUCCCGAUACACAAUGGUUGAGGACAACAGCCACCUUUCAGCAUCUCUUGGCAUCAAGCGUCUUCCGGAGACGCUCUUCAAAACGCUCUCCUCUGACAACUAUGACCUGCAUCUGAAGCUCUCCCUGCCUCCGGGGUAUGAGGGAAACUUGCACCCCCUGCUCAUCAUUGUUGAUGGCAGUCCAGGCAGUCAGACAGUGACGGAGGAAUUUUCCCUGGGCUGGCCUCAGGUUCUGUCCAGUCUGCAUGGAGUAUCUCUUGCCUGGGUGGAUGGCAGGAUUAGAGCCUCGCGAGGUCAGAAGACCAGCACAGUGGACACCCGCAAACUGGGGUCACUCCGUAUCAAAGACCAGCUAGGGGUAGUAGAGUGGCUGUCUCAAUUGCCUUAUAUUGAUGCUCGAAGAAUUGCUCUUUAUGGAAAGGGAUUUGGAGGCUAUUUAAUUUUGAAGAUUCUUACAGCAACUGAGCAGAUGUUCAGAUGUUCAGCCAUCAUGGCCCCUAUCACAGACUUCAAACUCUACAAUGCUGCCUUUUCAGAGAGAUACCUGGGACUCCCUGGAAAGGAAGAGCAUGCCUACAUGACAGCCUCUUUACUAGAAGAUGUCCACAAAUUAAAGGAUGAAAAUUUUCUCCUGUUGCAUGGCACUGCAGAUGCCCGUGUACAUUUCCAACACAGUGCAGAACUGCUGAGUCGGCUGGUGAAGGUGGAGGCCAACUACACACUGCAGCUGUACCCAGAUGAGGGCCACACUCUGAGAGAAGAGCGCAGCAUCCAACAUAUUCACCGAUCUCUCCUUCACUACCUUCACAACUGCCUCAAACACGACCCCUUUUUGGUCACAGAAGAGGAGGAGGAGGAAGAAGAGGACUGAACUCAUCUGUUGUGCCCCUUACAUUCUCAAGAGAGAUUUGAAGAACUAGUGUCUCUCUCCUUACCAUCCAGGAUCCAGUUAAAGUUGCUGUAUUUAGCCAAAAGAAAGAGGAACUGUACAGAGAUCAAUCAAACAAGCCCUGCCAGACAGCCACUUUCAGCAGCUGAGGCUGUGAAGAGAAUUAACCUCUUUUAAGUCUUUUUAUGUGUUUUGUCCUUUGGGUGUGUUGGAGGCCUGUUGUAAUAAAUGCACAAAUGCUGAGUGGUACAGUAUUCUACACAUAAAGUCCACAAGGCUUGUUCAGCCAAACUUGCUUUGUCAAUGGACAGUCUUGUGUGGCAUUGAACAUCAGCUAAAUUCUUACAGUGACACCCUGUGACAAAGUAAGGCUACUGCAAUGGACUUCAUGGUUUGCAGUGGUUGAGAAUCACUGACAUAAACUCUUGUAGUCUUACUAGUGUUUUCUAAAGUAAACAUAAUUAAACAGAAAGCUGCAACAUGUUAUCUGGCUCUAGCCCUUGCAUGACAAGAGGACUGCAUGGUGAAGUAUAUUCUGACUUUUUCAUAACUGUGUACCAACCGAAAUCAGUAUAUCAGUGUAUCGUCAAGAAUCAGCAUAACCUAAAUGUCAGAGCUUGAAGAAUGUGUGACAGAAAAUAAGGCACUUUCAAAGCAUUGCAGUACCAGCACAUAUCCCUGUAUGAAAGACUAGUGGCGGUCUCGCAACCUGUGCAUUGUCCUGCAUGUUAUGCGAUGCUUUACUAAUGCCUCAGUGUUGACUUUACAUCUCUUAAUAUGUUCUUACUCAUGCAUUAUUAUGCCAUUACACAAAGUGUCUGUAUGUUGUAUGAAUUCCAAACAGGAGUUCCGGUAUAUUCUUUAUUUAUUGUUGUUAUGCUGUCUGUGUGUUGCCAAACAAAAUGUGCCAAAUAUUGUGUGACCAAAAUCUUUUAGGCUACUUCAGUCAUAGACUUGAAAUGUUUGAUUAACGCUUCUCAGCAUACAGUUUUAUUUGCAGGGUCUCAUCAUAAUAAUGUCAAGCCCCGAAUGCCUUGUGGGUCAGUUAUUCCCAGAUGCCUAGGUGCAGUACUGAGGCAUCUUACAUGCUUACAUGAAGCAGAACACAUUCUAUAAACUGGAGUAUGAGAAGAAAAAAAAACAUUGCAAAGAAAUAUAGCAAUAAGGCAUACAGUAUACAUAGAGUGUACAAAAUAUUAUGAAUGCAUUUAAUAGGCUGCCAUACUGUGCACAACCAGUUCAGUUAAAAUGCACCUAUUUGGGGACCAUAAUUGUGCUAAAAAAUUGUACUUUGAGUAAGCUGUAGUAGACUACUAAAAACCUUUUUUGUUCAGUUUAAAUAACAACAAAGUAGCAAAGUAUGAUUUUAAAAAAAUGAGUUUUUGUUUCUUUAUUUAUUUAUUUAUAAAUCAUAGUGGAGAAAAUAUCCACAAAAUAUUCCCAUAUUACAGUAGAUGACAAAGGGCCUCUGAACUAUGGCACCAUCAUUGUGAGGAGUUGUCUAUGAGGAAAACAAAGCAGCAUUAUCAAUAUAAACGAUAAUCAAAUAUUUUCUCUCAUUGUUCAUUGUACAUACACUCUCCCCUGUCUGCCCGAUCUGGACUGCUGUCAUUGACUAAUAUGGACAGUCUGCCACAUAUGCCAAGCUUUAGUAUAGCUAAUGUUAUGCGUACCUUUAUAUUUUAUGCUCAAAUACAUACCCUUAGGCCAAGACCUGCUUUGAGUAAACAUGAGGUCCCAAAAUAGGCAUUUCUCACCACACAUCUGGUCAUAGACAGGAUGGAGACCUACUAGGUACACUGUAAUGUGGCCAUUCCUAGUGUUUUGUACACUUAGCAUAGAGCCUCACACAGAAGUGAGACUUAUUCAAGAUUAUCACAACCUAACCAUUUGUUUUUUUCGUUGUGUUUUUCUUCUAAACUGGGAAAUUUUGAUUUGUUAAGUGUACAGUACUUUCUUAUAGUGAUUGUGUGUAUUAUUGAUAGGUAUUUGAAAUUUUUCAAGAAUGAAAAUCUGCGCUAACAUUGUGAUGCACUCAAGACAAAUUCCUUAUUUCAGAAUGCUCUAUUAUAUCAUUGACACAGGAAAAUCCCAUAUGAAAAAAUAUUCUGAGGGCCAUGCAAAUUGGUAGACUGCAUGAAGUCUGUUUGGAAUGAGUGUCCUUCAACCUUGAUGCGUGUUUUUAAGGACUGUUUUCCAAUAAAGUCUUUUUG